CUCCUUGCUGAUAUUUCCUUUUUCUCUACUUUUUCUUCUCCCAACUCCCAACCCAGACGGAAAAGCUAGGAACGUUGAAACAACAAUGGCGGAGCCCCCACAGAAGCCCCAUGCAGUCCUCAUCCCCGUCCCCCUCCAGGGCCACAUCAACCCCGCCACCCGCCUCGCCAUCAAGCUCGCCACCAGGGGCUUCACCAUCACCUACGUCAACACCGAAGCUGUCCACCACCAGUCCUCCCGAGCCCGCCGCUCCGCCUCCUCCAUCGACCACCACAUCUUCGCCGAUGCCUGUGCUUCCGGCCUUGACAUCCGCUAUGAGCUCAUCAGCGACGGCCUCCCUGUGUCCUUCGACCGCACCGCAAACCCCAUCCAAUUCCUGCACUCCCUGCUUUAUGUGUUCUCCGCCCAUGUCGAGGAGUUCAUGCGAAAGCUCACGCGAGCGGCAAGCCCCCCUAUCACCUGCCUCAUCGCCGACACCUUCUUCGUUUGGCCCUCCACCAUCGCCAAGAAGUUCGACAUCCCCUAUGUGUCCUUCUGGACGGAGCCUGCAGUCGUCUUCACUCUCUACUACCACAUGGACCUUCUUAUCAAAAAUGGCCAUUUCGCCUCUUGUGCAGAGAAUCGAAAAGACACCAUAGCAUAUAUACCAGGGGUACCGGCGAUCGAGCCGACCGACCUCAUGUCGUACCUCCAAGAGACCAAUACCACUUCGGUGCUGCACCAGAUAAUCUUCAAGGCAUUUGAAGAAGCCAGGGGGGCGGACUUCGUGCUAUGCAACACGGUGCAGGAGCUCGAGCCAGAGACCAUAUCGGCCAUUCAGCAGGAGAAGCCAUUCUAUGCUGUCGGCCCACUCAUUCCACCUGGAUUCAUCCCCGGAAUCUCUGUCCAAACGACCUUGCAGGUUGAGUCUGAUUGCUCCCAGUGGCUUGACACCAAGCCGGCAGGCUCCGUCUUGUACAUUUCUUUCGGGAGCUUUGCCAAUGUUAGUAAGAGAGACCUGGAGGAGAUCGCCUAUGGGAUUUUAGACACCAAGGCGAACUUUAUAUGGGUCAUUAGGCCGGAUAUCGUGAGCUCCAAGGAGCACGAGCCAUUGCCCCAAAGAUUCUUAGAGGAGAGUUAUGGGAGAGGGAUGUGCAUCCCGUGGUGCUGCCAAAUGGAAGUGCUGUCGCACCCUUCGAUUGGAGGCUUCUUGACGCACUGCGGGUGGAAUUCGAUAUUGGAGAGUAUGUGGUGCGAGGUUCCGAUGCUGUGCUUCCCGCUGCAGACUGAUCAGUUCACCAAUCGGAAACUGGUGGUCAAGGAUUGGAAGAUCGGGAUCGACCUUGGAAGGAUCGAUGAAGUUAGUAGGAAGGAAGUGUCCAAGAGAGUCGACAGCUUGAUGGGCGGGGAAGAAGGGAAUGAAGCCAAGAAGGUGAUGAAGGAGGUGACGAGAGCACUACAUGGUGCCGUCACUGCUGACGGUUCUUCGCAGAAAAACUUCGAUCAAUUUGUGGCGGAUCUAAUGAGACGUGGUUCGGGAAACAGGACAAUGAAGUAAAGGUGGUCUUGCAUUGUGAUAUACUGCCUUUGAUUUGUGAUUCAAACUCCUUCUAGGCCUAGCUGUGCCUCUACGAAGCCCUAGUACUGUAGCGUGAAUGGCGAUGGGGUGUGGUGUAAUUCUGAAUGAAAUGGACAGCGUCAAAGUUAACUUUUUGAGUCAAUCUUGAAAUAAGAA